AUGCCUCGCGGACCUAAGAAGCACCAGAAGCGCCUUAGCGCGCCUUCUCACUGGCUCCUGGACAAGAUGUCCGGAACCUACGCCCCCAAGGCCUCCCCCGGUCCUCACAAGCUCCGGGACUGCCUGCCCCUGAUCGUCUUCAUCCGCAACCGUCUCAAGUACGCCCUUAACGGCCGUGAGACCAAGGCGAUCAUGAUGCAGCGUCUGAUCAAGGUCGACGGCAAGGUCCGCACCGACCCUACCUACCCCGCUGGUUUCAUGGACGUCAUCGGCAUCGAGAAGACCGGCGAGAACUUCCGUCUCAUCUACGACACCAAGGGUCGCUUCACCGUCCACCGUAUCCAGGCUGAGGAGGCCGAGUACAAGCUCUGCAAGGUCAAGCGUGUUCAGCUCGGCAAGGGCGGGAUCCCAUUCUUGGUUACGCACGAUGCGAGAACCAUCCGUUACCCCGACCCCGCCAUCAAGGUCAACGACACCGUGAAGAUCGACAUUGCCACUGGCAAGAUCGCCGACUUCGUCAAGUUCGACACUGGUGUUGUCGCCAUGGCCACCGGUGGUCGUAACAUGGGUCGUGUCGGUGUCGUUACCCACCGUGAGCGCCACGAUGGUGGUUUCAACAUCGUCCACAUCAAGGACGCUAUUGACAACACCUUCGCCACCCGUGAGUCCAACGUCUUCGUCAUCGGUCAGGACAAGCCCUGGAUCUCCCUGCCCAAGGGCAAGGGUGUCAAGCUCUCCAUCGCUGAGGAGCGUGACCGCCGCCGUGCCCUCCAGUAG